CCAGGCCUUCCUUCCCAUUUUGUCAGCCGACCCGAGAGUGCAGCGGUUUGCACGGAUCUUCAGCUUACACAGUAACAGGCCGCCCAGCAAAGGAUGAACGGAGCUCUGGGAAAGGUGCUGUGUUUGAAGAACGAUGUCAUUUUUAAGCAAGUCUUUCCCCUCUUAAGAUUCAAAGCUUCAGGAGAGAAUCCCAUCUGUUCUGCAGGUGGCAUUUUGCUAAGUACCAGUCGGCACUACAAGACAAAGCCCACCCAUGGCAUUGGAAGAUACAAGCACCUAAUUAAAGAACAAGAGCCCAAGAAGAAGAGGGGAAAAGUGGAAGUGACACCCAUUAAUGUGGGGACAGAUUAUGAGUACGGGGUUCUGAACAUUCACCUGACUGCGUAUGACAUGGCCCUGGCAGAGAGUUAUGCCCAGUAUGUUCACAACCUCUGCAACCAUCUCUCCAUUAAAGUGGAGGAAAGUUAUGCGAUGCCCACCAAGACCAUGGAGGUGUUGCGGCUGCAGGACCAAGGCAGCAAAAUGUUCCUGGAUGCGGUUCUUACCACCCAUGAGCGAGUGGUUCAGAUAAGUGGUUUGAGUGCUACAUUUGCAGAGAUUUUCUUGGAAAUAAUCCAAAGCAAUCUUCCUGAAGGAGUUAAAUUGUCAGUGAAGGAGCACUCUGAAGAAGACUUCAAGGGAAGGUUCAAAGCUCGACCAGAAUUAGAAGAAUUGUUAGCCAAGUUGAACUAGCUCAUCACAGACUCUUUUGUGCCAGCACUGGUGAUAUUGAGUACCAAGGAGAAGAGCUUGCUGGGUGGUCAAAGUUAAGCAGGGGACCCAGACCCUUAGAUACAAAUAUGAAUCUUCACAGUCAGGCAUAUGUCCUCUCCUCUGUGGAGAAGUACUUGCCACUUUCCUUGGAGCCAACCCUAGGUAUCCUCCAUCUAAUAAAAAUCUGCUGAUGAUGGGUGUGUUUUUUU